UUUUUCUUUUUCUGUUUCGUUUCUUUUAUAAUUAAACAUGCCAUUUUGAUAAGUGAUUAGUGAAAGAGGGGGUUUACUUUAGGGUUUAUGGCAGAGCAGAGCUGAUAAGGAGAAUCAAAUCAACCCAAGUGCUUUGUCCAGCUAUGGAGAAUAGAUCCGCCACUCGUAAUUCGGAUCCAAAUUCCGUCGGUCCUCCUUCUGCUCUGACCUACCUCGAUCCUCACUACUGGGAUGAGAGGUUCUCUUCCGAAGAACACUACGAAUGGUUCAAGGACUACUCUCAUUUCCAGCAUCUCAUCAAGUCCAACAUCAAAACCUCUUCUUCCGUUUUGGAAUUGGGAUGUGGGAACUCUCAGUUGUGUGAAGAGUUGUAUAAAGAUGGGAUUCUUGAUAUUACCUGCAUUGAUUUAUCUUCUGUUGCCGUAGACAAGAUGCAGAAUCGGUUGCUAUCCAAAGCGUACAAAGAAAUAAAAGUGGUGCAAGCUGACAUGCUAGACCUCCCAUUUAACAGCGAGUCUUUUGAUGUGGUUAUUGAGAAAGGGACCAUGGAUGUACUCUUUGUGGACGCUGGUGAUCCAUGGAAUCCCCGUCCAGAAACUGUUAGCAAAGUCAUGGCAACUCUCGAUGGAGUUCACCGCGUUUUGAAACCAGAUGGGAUUUUCAUUUCCAUUACUUUUGGCCAGCCGCAUUUCAGGCGUCCUUUAUUUAAGGAUCCCAAGUAUUCUUGGUCCAUGGAAUACAACACUUUUGGUGAUGGGUUCCACUAUUUCUUCUAUAUCUUAAGAAAGGGAAAAAGAUGCAAUGAUGAGGAAGAAAAUGAGAAAUGCAAUGAUCCAUCAAUAUCCCUGUAUCAAGAUGAACUUGAAGGGGAAGACUACCUCUUCCGAACACGCAUAGAUGAUGACGAGGAUUAGGACAAGAACAACGCUAGAUUAGUUUUUGUUGUUUGCUAUGUAAGUGGUUCUAUAUAUUCUGUUUUGUAAUUUUAGAAUCAUUCUUCUUUACAAAGAAUAUGAUCGAAUAGAGUGGAGCUUUCUAUACUAAAGUGAAGUGUGGAGGUCAAGCUUUGAAA